AUGUUAGCCAAGCCGAUCUCUGGAUCUGUGGCAGGGCCAGAGCCAGAAUUCAGUCAAUUCCAAGCCUACAUCGAAGUUCGACUGUGGCAGUUUGUGCCAAGGGAAGCCUAUAAACCGACUUUCUGGCCUCGUUUCUGUUCGGGCGGUCUUGUGAUCGAAUCGGCUGACAACUUGCCGAAACUCGUCGCUGCCCUUGAGAAGCGAGAGCGUUACAUCUCUGUGAGAAUUGCAAAU